AUGACCCGAGUGACACCGGUGACACAGGGUGAUCCAAAAGUCGUGGAUCAAACGAAACGAUUAGAUAAAGGAGGAAUCGUGAACCGAGGUGAUUCAUUCAGACGACGCCGAUCUCGCUCUGGCAGUCUGGCACCAUCAUCACCAGCUCAGUCCGCGCCAGAAUCUCAAGAACGCCGACCAAUAGCGUGUCAUCGUGUUGCCAUGGUUGGUGCGCCAGGAGUUGGCAAAACAGCGCUCAUCAGCCAGUUUCAGACCAGUGAAUGCAUCAACGCCUAUGACAGACAAAGAGAUAUUGACAGCACAGAACAAAAGGUAUCCAUAAUGCUGAAUAACGAAGAAUCUGAACUUUACUUUGUUAACUGCACAAGCGUUAAGGAAGAAAUUGAUCGCUCGGAACCACCAGACGCGUUCGUAGUUAUAUACUCUGUGGUGGACAAAGCUUCGUUCCAGAAAGCAGAGCAGGAGUUGGCGAGACUCAUAGACAGUGACAUGCUAAGAGCCCGCCCAGCGUUGCUGGUUGGAAACAAAAUUGAUUUAGCGCGGAGUAGAGCCGUGUCUACUCAAGACGGCAAAUGCCUCGCUUGUACAUAUAAAGCGAAGUUCAUCGAAGUAUCUGUGGGUAUAAAUCACAACGUCGACGAGUUACUCGUCGGUAUUCUAAAUCAAAUACGUCUGAAACGACAACAGUACUCCGCCGACGGUGGCAGGGAAUCCUCCCCCGCACACUGGUACAAAUCCCGAGGCGUCGUACGAGCGAGUAUGAAGGCGAGGCAGAUGUUAACGUGGAUAUUCGGUAAAGAAGAUUCGAAGUUCAAAAACUGUGAAAAUUUAAAUGUCCUGUGA